AUGGUUGAUCAGGGAAGCAGAUUAUGGCUCUGGAGCGACAAAACAGUCAGUACUUUUGCGAUCCGCGUGGCUAAAACGUAUUGGCUAAGCCGGAGCGGUCCUAUGACGGCAAUUUGCAAAACACUGGAACCUGACGAAUUCAAAGCGCUAUUCCCCAGAUGGGAGGAUUUCCAAAAGCCGUUGCGUUGCGAGCCAGUCGACCUGGAUGAAUUGUUGCGGUUGCGGACCAGGACCUGGCCGCUCGAAAAAGUGAUAGCACGAGAUCUUCCGCCGGGCACCGACUUAAAUCGACUGGAGCAGUACCUGGAUGACGACGAAUUCGCGUCACUUUUCCAAAUGGAACGUGACGCGUUCUACGCGCUGCCGCGCUGGAAACAGAUCGAAUUGCGCAAAAAACACCACUUGUUCUGA